CAGGAGUUGUGGUGGCGGAAGUCGCGUUCAGUAUAUUCUGCAAAGGCGCAAGAUUUCUUGAAUGUGUGGUGCAAUUUACUGCCGAAGUGUUUUAUGUUUUAACUAAGUCGUUAUCAAAAGAGCCUUUAGUUUAGAAACGCCGUCAUGCAGCUUUCACUGGAGGCCGUCAUCCGCCACACAGCGGUCCCGCUGUACUGGAUCGGCGUCGGCACCACGGCCUGGCUGUCCCUGUGGUCCGUGUACCGACUGCUCUCCGGGCUCCGGGUGUGGGUGCUAGGCAACGCGCGGGCGAUCUCCACGAAGCUCGGCAAGUGGGCAGCGGUGACGGGAGCCACGGACGGCAUCGGGAAAGCCUAUGCAGAGGAGCUGGCGCGCCGUGGGUUUGCUGUCGUGCUCAUCAGCCGCUCCCAGGAGAAGCUCGACGAUGUUUCCAAAUCCAUCGAAUGUCGGUAUGGUGUCGAAACAAAAACGAUCGCGGUGGACUUCGGAGGCACUGACAUCUAUCCCAAAAUUGAGGCGGCUCUGGCUGGACUCGAGGUCGGAGUUCUGGUUAACAACGUUGGGAUUUCCUACUCGUACCCCGAGUACUUCCUUAACGUGGCCGAUUUGGACAAAUUCAUCAGCACCAUGAUAAAUGUCAACAUCACUUCGGUCUGUCAGAUGACGCGCCUGGUGUUGCCGAGGAUGGUGGAGAGGUCUAAAGGUGUGAUUCUGAAUAUCUCUUCUGCAAGCGCCAUGUAUCCCAUCCCCCUGCUUUCCCUCUACUCUGCCUCCAAGGCUUUUGUGGACUAUUUCAGUCAAGGACUCAAUGCGGAGUACAAGAACAAAGGGGUCAUCAUUCAGAGCGUGCUGCCCUUUUUCGUGGCCACCAAGAUGUCGAAGAUCCGCAAGGCGACUCUGGACAAGCCGACCCCGGAGCGCUACGUAGCGGCACAGCUCAAAACGGUUGGACUGCAGAGCCAAACCAACGGGUACUUACCCCAUGCCAUCAUGGGCUGGCUGACGACUGCCUUGGUCCCCGUGAAUGUCAUGAUUCAGUGUUCGAUGCAGAUGAACAAGGCCGUGCGCACAGCCUACCUGAAGAAAAGAAAGGGGCAUUAGCGUGCUCCGGUGUGAGGAAGACCGGGGAGGGGCACGCCAGCCCUCUCAACUUUAACAUUUCUCUUAAUGGUUUUGUUUCUCUGAAUACUGCUUUGGAGAAAAUGGUUUGUACAGAUUUCUUCAGACACUGGAUUAGAGCUUAGAGAGGCUGUAGGCUUUUUAAAGUUGUUUGAGAGAAACGCUUAAUCUUGCAGAACCCGAAAUUAGGCAUUUUCAUAAUUGCAGCAGUUAAUGACUUUCUAUACCUUUAACCAUGAAACAAAAAGGUUGUUUUUCAACAGAAUUGCAUAUGUACGGCAACUUGAGUAGAUGGAACGGAUCCUUUACUCUUGGUGCCGAAUUGAUUUAAACGUGUUUUGUGACCAGCGAUGCUGUUUCACGCAGAGCAUGUGUGCAUUCUUCAAGUCUAAUGUCAUUUCUACAGUGCACUUGUUUACUGUGCAUUACCAUACUGCAGUCUGAAAAGCGGUGCACAUUCAGAGGGCUUUUAACGUUGAGGAGAUUCCUUACAAAUGGUUGCGAAAAUCCAAGUAUGCACAAAAACAACCUCGGUUAUUGAAUUGAUGAAUAGAAUGUAAAUUUGCAGCAUUUCUUUUUUUUUUUUUUUUUUUCCUUUAACGUAUGGCACGACAUCCUCUUUGGUUUAGUGUUUACCUGUGCAGACUGCAGCCUCCUGUUUCUCAGAAAAAGAAAAGAAAGAAAAAAACUCUAGUGCCAGUUAUUACAGCACAAAAUCUGGAGAUUAAAGGUUUUUGUUGAGUUUGGCAAAAGAAUUAAGACUUGGGUAGUGUAACAGAAGGUAUGGAAAAGCAUUGCCGCUCAAGGAGUGCGUUGGUGGGAUGCUACACAAGCGUUGUGUAAAACAUAUAAGCAUUAUCAUAAAUAACCAAAUUGUGAAUAGCAAGGACCUCCUCUGAUGCGUGACUGUUUUAAUUAAAACGUAUACUGUAUU